GGAACCGUACUGUCUUUGGUUCCAGCUUUUAGCCAGAGCCUACUGGGGAGAGGUGGAACUGGGGCUCAGCAGUCCCAACCGCAGCGUGUCCUGGGCUCGGCUCAGAGAAGCCUCCAGAAAGAACUGUGUCCGCUCUCGGGCCAAGCAGAAGGAUGGGCGCGAUCAGAGCGAGGCGUCGGCCCUGGCUUCUCCCGGGGCAGAGGAGGAGCCUUUCUCCUGGCCGGGGCCCAAAACUCUUCACCUGCGGCGAACCUCUCAGGGCUUCGGCUUCACACUGCGACACUUCAUCGUCUACCCGCCUGAGUCUGCUGUCCACAACUCUCUGAAGGAUGAAGACAAUGGCAGCCGUGGGAGACAGCGGAACCGCCUGGAGCCAAUGGACACCAUUUUCGUCAAGCAAGUGAAGGAGGGAGGCCCCGCCCACGGAGCUGGACUCUGUACAGGGGACCGGAUUGUGAAGGUGAAUGGAGAGAGCAUCAUUGGGAAGACAUACUCGCAAGUCAUAGCCUUGAUCCAGAACAGCGAUGCCUCACUGGAACUCUGUGUGAUGCCAAAGGAUGAGGAUAUUUUGCAGCUGUUUUCCAGGGAUAUCACUGCUCUGGCGUAUUCCCAGGAUGCAUACCUCAAAGGAAAUGAUGCGUACAGCGGAAAUGCCCAGAACAUCCCAGAGCCCCCUCCGAUAUGCUACCCACGGAUAGAAGUUAAGGCUGCGGGCAUGGCUCAGACAUCAGAGCCCGCCGCAGUCAUUGAGACCGCCCAAGGUCCGGCUCAGGGACCAGAAAGAAGAGGGGGAGUGGAAGAGAAAAGCUACAGGGUUGAAAUCCCUGUUCCGCCAUCGCCUACAAUCCAACAGACGUCAAAGUCUCAGACAGUGGCGUGUGUCUGCAAUGACAAUGUGAGGACAGUAGCCAUGCCUCCUGAUCCAGUUGACAGGGGGUCCUGGGUGGCUCGGGCUGGACCCAGCCACAGGACAGAGGAAAAUCGGUACAGUCCUUCAAAGGAUUCAGGCUCAGCUAAACCAAGACCCCUUAUUCCCUCAAUACCUGGGGGUGCACAGUUGCAGCACCCCUCUUCCCGUUCCACGGAAAGCUCAGGCUACUCCCCUUCAUCAAAACCUGGUCCGAUCUAUCCUGACACGUUGUCGCCACCUGUACGGGCCGCCGCUGUCUCACCGGACACGUUCUCCACUGCCAUAUCACCCAGCGCCAACCAAUACUCACCCUCUCCCACAGCCCCCUCCCUCUCUCCACAUCAGAACAUAGACUGGAAAAACUACACAACCUAUAAGGACUAUAUUGACACCAAGAGGCACACGUAUGGCUGCCGCACCAUACAGGAACGCUUGGACAGCUUGCGGGCAGCUGCUAAUUCCAGCUCCGCUUACACACAGCAACGUACACAGUCUCCUCCUAGCACCAGUCCAAGAGCGGAACUGGGCUCCCAAGCUAGAAGGAAAAGCACCUCCAAUGACCGCGAGGUAGAUACUUAUAGCCAGGGCACUUCAGUCACUCCAUUACGUAGCGUUUCCCAAGAGAGGCUUGGAAAUGGGGCAGACCGGUCAAGACCGCUCAGGAAUUGGCCAAGGAGUGCUUCCGAGGAUGCUCUGCCUUUCUCAAGCCCCACAGGAGUGCACAAACCUCGGGCGAGGUCUUGUGACUAUCUGGGGCAGCAGCCUGGAGAAUCAGGUGGCUUGGCAGUGUUUGGAGAUAGAGUAGGGUUGGAGGACCGGUUGUUGCUGUGUCGGGGAGAGGAUGCCAGAGCUAGCAGGCAGGGAACAGGAGUAAGAGCUUUACCUCAUCUAAACAGGAGUCUCACUGGACAGGGGGAAGAAGGGCGAGAAGGUGGAUUAUCCAACUCGUCUUUAGCUGUUCCUGUGUUUACUAAAGGUACAUUAGAUUCUGUACUACCAUCAAGGACGGACGGUGUCAUAAUGAGACCGUCACGUCUGCCUGUCAAAAACUCUAUCUUAGACCCUUCACCUGCCUUAUCCUCCACCAAGACCACAGACCCUCUUAAAGACCAAAGAGCUAAUAUCAUGGCCAACCACCUGGGCUACUCCUCGCCUCUGCACCUGCAGCUCAGAGACAGGGCUGACAGUCUGAAACUAGAGAGCAGGUUAGAGGCUGGGUUGGCAGCCAGGUCCUCCUCUUGCUCUGGUACUUCCUCCAAACUGCCCAUGCAGAGACAGCAACCAAGUUUAGAUGUUGCUUCUUCUUCUGGUUUCUCCACCACUAAUGGAGCUGUGACUCAAAAGCCAAAAGUCAGAGAAAUCUCCAGCUCCACCGGCGCUCUUAUACGGACUAAUGGCAGUCUGGCAGAGGGCGUACAAGGCCUGGAUGCAACAGUCGUUGUUUUAAGAAGGGACAAAAACUCCGGACAUCCCCACAUCCGCCCUCCAUCCUAUGUACUAGCUGUUAAUGACCAGGGAGGAGUGACACACAAGUCACCACCAUUGGUGAAGGCAGGCUCUGCCGAUGGAGCUAUAUGCUGGACAUCAAAUGACAGCUUUAGGGAGAUGCAUCUCAGAAGGCUGGGAGACACACGACAUAAGUCUGGCUCCAACAACUUGGAUGACUCCCUGGAUUCUAUCCCAUUCAUAGAUGAACCAUCGAGUCCAAGUACUGACCAGGACAGCACACACAUUCCGGCCUCCGCUGUUAUAUCCACAACGCCCAUCAUCACCACCAUCCCACCUAGCCCAACCGUUCCGGCCCCUUUCAUUCGACGCCAGCUGUCACAUGACCAAGAUUCUCUACGUCUCACAAUCAUCGAGUCAGAUUCUGGUACUAAAACAGAGCGGUCCAAGUCAUAUGAUGAAGGCCUCGAUAACUACCGGGAAGAAAGCAAAGGGAGGGGCUUGAUACCUGGUCUGAAAAAUCUUAGGAAGGCGUUGGACAGGUCAUCCGAGGAUUCGGGUUCAAGGAGGGACUCUUCAUCAGACAUCUUCUGUGACGCCACCAAGGAGGGUUUUAUGCAUUUCAAACAGCUGAACACAGAUAAGGGCAAGCGUGUUGGAGGAGGUAUGCGUCCAUGGAAACAGAUGUACGCCGUGUUGAGAGGCCCCUACCUCUGCCUGUACAAAGACAAAAAGGAGGGGCAGGCUCAUGCCAACUGCCAAACAGUGGACGAGCCCCUGCCAAUCAGCAUCAAGGCCUGUCUGAUUGACAUCUCGUACAGCGACACGAAGCGAAAGAACGUGCUAAGGCUGACCACGUCCGACUGCGAGUACCUGUUCCAGGCCGAGGACCGGGAGGACAUGCUGGCCUGGAUCAGAGUCAUACAGGAGAACAGCAACCUGGAUGAGGAGAAUGCAGUCUUAACCAGCCAUGACCUCAUCAGCAGGAAGAUCAAAGAGUACAACACCUUGAUGAGCCCGACAGGAAGCAAGACAGAGCCAUCACCCAAACCUUCACGCCAGUCACUGAGCAUCAGACACACACUGCUGGGAGGGAAGGGGGACACCAAAGCAACAAGCCCAACCACACCCAAAUCUGAGCAGGAGAGGAAGAACAUGCACAAAGAUGACACAAGCCCUCCCAAGGACAAAGGAACAUGGAGGAAGGGCAUCCCGGGGCUGAUGAGGAAACCUUUUGAGAAGAAACCGUCUCCAGGAGUCACGUUUGGAGUGAGGCUGGACGAUUGUCCUCCUGCACUGAACAACAAGUUUGUGCCCCUGAUCGUGGAGGUGUGUUGUAACCUGGUGGAGGACAGGGGGUUGGAGUACACAGGCAUAUACAGAGUGCCUGGAAACAACGCAGCAAUCUCACACAUGCAGGAGGAGCUCAAUAACAAGGGCAUGAACGAUAUCGAUAUCCAGGAUGAUAAAUGGAGGGACCUGAAUGUGAUCAGCAGUUUGCUAAAGUCCUUCUUCCGUAAACUUCCAGAGCCAUUAUUCACUAAUGAUAGGUACGGAGAUUUUAUAGAAGCCAACAGAACAGUAGACCCAGUGGAGAGACUCAAAGUGCUAAAGAGGCUGCUUCAUGAGUUGCCGGAUCAUCAUUACGAGACCCUCAAGUUCCUCUCAGCUCAUCUCAAAACUGUGGCUGACAACUCAGACAAGAAUAAGAUGGAACCAAGAAACCUUGCCAUCGUGUUUGGUCCCACGCUGGUGCGCACCACAGAGGACAACAUGACACAUAUGGUGACACACAUGCCCGACCAGUACAGGAUAGUGGAGGCCCUCAUUCAGAAUUAUCACUGGUUUUUCACUGAAGAAGGAAAUGAAGAUCCAGCGACUAUGUCCCAUUAUGGGAGUGCGGUGGAGUCUCAGCCCAUCCCCAACAUCGACCACCUGCUCACCAACAUCGGCCGUACGGGCACCUCGCAGGGUGAAGUAUCAGAUUCACCCACUAGUGACUCAGCGAAAUCAAAGGGUUCCUGGGGCUCAGGGAAGGACCAGUGCAGCCGAGAGCUCCUGGUCUCCUCCAUCUUUGCUGCAGCCAGCCGCAAAAGAAAGAAAUCAAAGGAGAAGCCGCAGCAUAGCAGCUCAGAUGACGAUCUGGAUUCAGUUUUUACCAAGAAGGAAAUCACUGGACAGAAUCCGAACCACCUCCAGAUUGAGGUACUGCGCGACAGUCGUCCUAGCCCCAACGCAAAACCCAACGCUAAGCAACCAGAGGAGAGGAAAGAGAACGGGAGAGCUGUGGAGAUCACACCUAAAGCCAAGAGAGAGCACAGAAACUCCUUGUUCCUGAAGGAGAAGACUCCACCCAGACCCUCACCUUCCCCAAAGAUCUCAGGCCCCCAAACAGCUCCUCAGAGGAAGUCCUCCUCUGUGUCGGACCCCCCAUCACAGCUUGAUGAGAACACCUCCGGGACCACGAGUUCUGGAGUGUCUCUGUCCCGCUCGAGGCCCAAAAAGUGGACUGGAGCAUCUCUUGAUCUUCCUGCAGGAGCGAGUGUCGGACUGGCUUCAAGUCAAGGGGCGUCCGCGGGCGCAGAGGUGAGCUCCAUCACCUCCGACUACUCCACCACUUCCUCCAUCACGUUCUUGACCGGAGCCGAGUCCAGCAUCCUCAGUCCGGAGCUGUGUGGGGAGGAGGCCGACGACGAGCGCAGUGAGCUCAUCAGCGAGGGGCGACCCAUGGAGACGGACAGCGAGAGUGACUUCCCGGUGUUCGCCCCGAGCGGAGGCAGCAGCCAAUCGACACCCUGCCCAGAAGACAAGAGUGAAGCAAGAGGAAGUGGAGCAGCAGAGGGGAGCGCCGCGCCAAAAAUGGAAGCGCGACGCCUCUUCCCGUCGCACAGGAUGAUCGAGUGCGACACGCUCUCCAGAAGGUGGUCCCUGAGACAGAAAACAGACAGUGAGUCGUCAGUGGAGGGUGUGUCCGGAAGUGGGGAGCGUAGCGAGAGCAGGUCGGAGUCUUCCACGAGGCUCUCUCGAGUUCUGGAGGUGAUGAAGAAAGGCCGGUCGACAAGCAGCCUCAGCUCGUCUUCACGCAGCGAGUCAGAACGUGCCGAACCAGCCUGGCACGUGAAAAUCACAGAGCGGCUCAAGUUGAGGUUACGCACAUCUGCGGACGACAUGUUCACCCAGAAGAACCGAGGCACGGAGGCUCGAGGGAAGAAGAAGAACAUCCGCCGGAGACACACCAUGGGCGGGCAGAGGGACUUCGCAGAGCUGGCAGUCAUCAACGACUGGAGGGAGCAGGGGGGGGUGGACCAGACCGCCGAUCUGUCCGCUCUGGACCGCCUCAAGCCCAGAUGUUCCUCUCAGGACUUCUCCAUCCAGAACUGGAUCACAAGAGAGCGAUGUAAAGGAUCGGAUUCAAGUGUCGAGGUGGCGCCUAAAGCCCUCCCGGAGGACCAAGAAGCCCAGGAAGUAGCUUCUGAAAGACCUCUUCCUCCAUCUGAGUCUCCGAGCGUACAGCCGCCAGCGGGGGAGCAAGUGAACGGUAGCGGGCUGCAAAGUAAAAACAAAGCCAGCCUCGGGGCGGACCCUCACCCACACAAACUGUCCGGGGCACAGGUUGUACGCUCACGGUUCUACCAGUAUCUGUGAAACGGUGUUGUGUAAAACGGAAUGAAUGUGUAAAUGUACGAAUGUGGGUAUAUUAGCUAAGGUUACUGCACAAUAUUUUUUCUACAAAGUAUACUUUAUGUAUCUACUGUACAUACUGUGUAUAUGCUUAUGUUAUUGUUACUGGAAUAAUGCUGAAGAGAUGUUUAUGUGUGAAACUCCAUACUGGAACAGACGUGGACAAAACUUCCUCCUGCAAGAUCGGACCCUACCAAUGUGACUCUUGAGGGUGAAGAAAUGGACUUAUGAAAAGCAACAGGGUCAACUUGACUACAACUGAAUGCAGAAGGAAGCUUGUUUUAUGGAAUCAUGGUUCAGUUCUUCCUAUUAUAAGCGGUAUGAAGAAUGUAUUAUUCUCUUUGGACUAACACUAGUUUUUUUGUGACAAUAUUGUCAUUUUCAAACCAAUAAUUAUGUAUGUGUACUUGAAGUAUGUGGAUGUAACUGAGGGCUGCUUUCUGAGCUGGGUGCUGUGGGAAGUUUCUUUUUUCACAGCACAGUCACAACAGCCAGAUAUUAGCUUGAUGGACUGGAGAAUUAUUAUAGUUUUAUCAAAUAAAAACUGAAAAACAGUAAUGAAAUGCUGAUACUAUAGUAUGUAAUGCUUGGUACAGUAGUUUUCUUUUCAAAACUUUGUCCAGUUAUAGUAAGUUUUUACACAUUUUUUUUAUCUCAAAAAGAAAAAGUGCCUUUUUUUUUCAUUUUUUAAGAGCGGUUGAAAAGACAAAACCUUUUUAGGAAAAACAAUAAUCACAGGCAUUCCAGAGAUGUUUUUUUGUUGUGAGGUCUUUCCUGUUAUUAGUUAAACUCACAUCAAGCGGAGCUUUGAGAUGUAUGUCAGUGUCUGUGUUUCAUUAUAGUUUUACUCCAAACCCCCCCCCCCCCCCCCCCUCUCCCCUUGUAUGCAGUAAAAUGCAUGGGCGCUUAAAACCUGGGAGAAUAAACAACAAAGUUAUCUUUAAAACUGCAUGAAACAAUGUUUUCUGAUCAGUAAACAUCUUGCCUGUUUCCAGCAAAACAUGGGUGUGCAAUGCCCUUCUCAACAAACACUGGAAAUAAAUAAUCUUUAUUAGA